AUGAAUAACUUUGAAUUCAACAAAAUAUUUAAAGAAAAAAAAAACAAAACACUUGUUGCUGACAAAGUUAAGAAUUUGACUACUAAAAACGAUUUUUAUCAUUUUAUUCUCUCCUUUCUCUCUAUUUCAGUCUAUCCAUUACGUGGAAGUUCCACUGACAUUCAUCCAAAUGCUCGAUGGCAACAGAAUGGUACCACUGUAGCUGGAGGAAAUCGACAAGCCAAUGAAAUCAAUCAACUCUCAAACCCUUGGGGUUUGUAUGUUGAUGAUGAUCAAACAAUCUAUGUUGCUGAUCGAGAGAAUCACCGUAUUGUGGAAUGGAAAUUGGAUGCAACGAGUGGACAAGUGGUUGCAGGUGGAAAUGGAAAAGGAAGUGGAGAUCAUCAAUUGUCUUACCCAAGAGAUGUGAUUGUCGACAAAGAGAGAGAUAGUCUCAUCAUCUGCGAUUAUUCGAAUAGAAGAGUGAUUCGAUGGCCUCGUCGAAAUGGAACAAGUGGAGAAACAAUCAUCUCCGACAUCGAAUGUUUGGGUUUGACAAUGGACGAGAAUGGAUCUCUCUAUGUCGUUGACGAAGGAAAAAAUGAAGUGAGACGAUAUCGAAGAGGCGAAUCUCAAGGAAUAGUGGUUGCAGGUGGCAAUGGAUAUGGAAAUGGUCUCAAUCAACUCUCUUACCCACAAUACGUAUUCGUCGAUCGAGACCAUUCAGUAUAUGUGUCUGAAUGGGGAAAUCAUCGUGUGAUGAAAUGGAUGGAAGGUGCAAAACAAGGCAUUGUUGUGGCUGGUGGUCGAGGAGAAGAAAACGGUCUUACACAAUUGUCAGAUCCUCGAGGAGUCGUUGUCGAUCAAUCUGGCACUGUCUAUCUGGCUGAUGGAGGAAAUCAUCGAAUCAUGUGUUGGUCCAAAGGAGCCGCACAAGGAAGUGUCAUUGUUGGUGGAAACGGUGAAGGAGGACAAUCGAACCAACUCCAUUGGCCCACCGGUUUGUCAUUCGAUCGAGAUGGCAAUCUCUGUGUCGUCGAUGCGGAAAAUAAUCGAGUACAAAAAUUCAAUAUCAAUUCAAAUAAAUAA